UACAUUCUUUUUCUAAAAUAGAAGCGGUCAAAGAAAGAGAACCCUAGAAGAUGAAACGACAAAAGUCGGUCGAAUGAAGGCAGAGGCUGCAAAUGACACGUGUGCAGGAUCUGAAGUAGAAUCAUAGCCCGAAAAAUCGAAGCUAGAUUGACAGUAACCACCCCGCGCUACUCAUAAUAUCAUGUGUCACCCCCCGCCGCACGUUCAUACAUCGACGCUGCCAAUAUCUGAAUGUUCCAGACUUUGAUUAAAGAGAAGAACAGGAGGUUUAAAAGGCUGAAGACCAAAAUCCUCUAAAAAUUAGCUGACUCCUCCGACGUUCUUGAGAAUUUGCUUCCAAAGAUCCUGUAGUUUGUUCUUAUGUCAGAAAACUCAGGGGAUCUGACUGCUUCUGAGGAAAACAAUAUAGUAGGACCAGACUUCUUUGGUUUCUAUAGAAAUGAGGUGUCAGAGUUUCUUUCUCAAGAUGAUCUUCUGCCUUCUCCUCAUCAAACUUCUGCUUUAGCUGGAAACAUUUGUAAAUCCAGCAGAGAAAAGGGCUCAACUAAGAGUAGUUGCAGAACCAAAGAUAAUAAUGGUGUCAUUGGUUCUGCAUCAUUGUUUUCUAAUGGAAUAGGAGCUCUACUUACAGAGUCCAAAAAGGAAAGAUUAAAAUCACUGCUUCGGCAGAGUGUUUUUACUCUUACUCAUGAGGUUGAUGAGAUGAUAGAUCCCAUUCUUUCUAUUUGUCGAAUUCGAUCAUGUUUGAGAUGCAAAGAAAGUAUUUUAAGCUUGGAUGCCUCAACACGCAAGGCUGAUGAACCAGAACCACCUCACAAGAAGCUCAAAGUAUUACCUGCAUGUUCGGAUGGACCGAUUAUGAAUUCUGAUACUAUGGCCACCGCGAAAAGUACAGAGAUUGAUGAUGACUUGCGGUUUCUUUUAGAGAAUGAUAGCACUAAGGUUGAGGAACUGAUGAAGAAGCACUGCGGUGAACUUUCUGACACGGUACUUGUACACGACGAACUACUUUCCCCAAUUAAUUUGCAUCACAUGGAGCAGAAUCUUGAUGAACUUCUGAAUAUUAUAAUGACGACUUGCAGGCCAAUGACCGCUGCCGAGAAGCAACAGCUUCGUAGACUAAUUCAAAAUCUACCGCCCAGGAAUCUUGACUAUGUUGUGGAAAUUAUUGGGCAUAAUAAGCUAUCAGAGAAAUCUUCAUGUGAUGAAGUGCAUGUUGAUCUUGAUAAGGAGGACAAUGUUACACUGUGGAGAUUGUAUUUCUAUGUUACAGCAUACGAGCUAAGCCAGUCUGAAGUUGGAAAAUGAGGAGUACUGAAGAAUUUCCCAGUCAAUCUACGUUGAACUCCAUGUUCUGCUGGAGUUUGCGGACUUGCAUUUUUGCUUACCCAACCCCUACCCUUUCAAGUUUCAUGAGGGUGUUGUCGUUUUCCUUGUACAUAAGAUCUUAAGUGAAAAUAGCCUCUGUUACUCAUUCGUAAGCAUGUCUUGUAGCUGUGGCUGAUUGUAACAUGUACAGUUGAAUGAGUGAGUUCAUUUCUA